AUGAAAAAGGAUCUUAGUCCUAUCGACUGGGCAUCCACUCUCUCCGGCGAUGUCGAAGAGGCUUGGUGUCAGUUCAAAGAGUUAGUCCAAAACCUCAUCUCCAACCACUGCCCAAUCAUGCGCAAAAGACUAACAAAUAGACCUCGCUGGUUGACUCCGUCCUUAAAGAAGGAAGUUAACAAGAAGAGGAAGCUAUGGAAAAGAUCGCUGACGGAACGCACGCCAGAAUCCCUAAGCAGUUAUAAGUUACAGAGAAAUCGGGUCAAAAUUCUCAUCGCCAGAGAUAGGAAAGCUUUUGAAAAGAAUCUUUUGAACCGUGCCAUGAUUAAUCCAAAAAUCCUUUACAGCUACAUAAGACAGAGCACACGGAACAAAGAUCCUGUCCCACUGCUGCGAACGGCUGAGGGUGUGGAAAUCUCCGAUGACAAGGAUAAGGCUGAACAUCUCUCUCAGUUCUUCCGGUCAGUCGUGACAAGUGAACCUGCUUUUUCCUCACCCGCUUAUGAAGACGAUGAAACGCCUACCCUCGAAGCCGUCUUCUUCACCGAAACAAUUGUUCGGAAUGAGUUACUAAACCUAAAGGAAUCGACCUCCCCAGGCCCUGAUGCAAUCCCGGCCAAGCUGCUGAAGGAACUAGCUUCCAAAAUGUCCAAGCCGUUAGCCUUGAUCUUUCAAACGUCAUUUGUUACUGGAUGCCUGCCCUCUGACUGGAAGUCCGCUACCAUCAUUCCGCUUUUUAAGGGUGGAAGUCGUGCGUCUGCGAAUAACUACAGGCCAGUGAGUCUUACCUCCAUCUGUUGCAAAAUCAUGGAGAAGAUCAUUAAGAAGGCCUUGGUGCAGUUCCUCGAGCAGCACCAUCUCCUUUCCGAUGCCCAACACGGCUUUCGAAGUGGUAGGUCCUGCCUCACGAAUCUGCUCUUUACGCUCGAACGCUGGACCAAAGCACGUGAUCAGUCAGUAUCAGUCAGUAUAUUUGGAGUAAACAACAGAAGCCAUGAAAACUCCAUUUAG